AAGAUAGAGAGCGAAAAAAAAAAUAGAAGACGCUAGGCCUACUCAGACGUUUAUUAAGAGUAUUAGGCUUAGUUUCUAUUAUGUUGGUUGUUUGAUAGGGCAUGUUUUUAUUUUACUUUUAGUGUUACUCCUUUUUUUUUUGUAGAUGUAUAUUAAAAAAGAAACAUUUAAUUAGAAUGGGAGAAAAAACACAAUAUGAACCGGGAGAUUUGGUGUUUGCCAAAGUUAGAGGAUAUCCUCCAUGGCCUGCUAGAAUUGAAAAACAUCCAACAGUAGGAAAGAAAGUACCUGUAAAUAAAUAUCCUGUUUUAUUCUUUGGCACAUAUGAAGUAGCUAAUCUUGCUUCUAAGGAUCUGUUCUCUUAUCACAAAUACAAAGACAAGUUUGGAAAACCUCAGAAACGCAAGUUUUUCAAUGAUGGCUUGUGGGAAAUUGAAAACAACCCUAAAGUGGUUCCUCCAACUGCUACGGAUGAAAGCUCAGAUGACAUGGAGGAAGAACAAGAUGAUAGUGAAGCUGAGAAGUCAGAAAGUGAAGAUGAAUCUAAGUUAGUCAUUGAUGAAGACAGAUUAAAGGCCAAACCCUUGCCAGGAAACCGUAAACGAAGAAGUGAUCAGAAAACUGAUAAGACAAAAAAAACAAAGGUUGUUAAGAGCAUGGUUAUUAAAGAAGAAGAUAAAGAAAAAAAUGCUAUCCACAAGGAUGAUUUGAAAAGUGAAAAAAAGAAAAAUAAACAUGAACCAGAGACUAAGAAGAAGAAAACUGCCAAGUCAGAGCCUGAACGAAGUAGAAGUGGGCGAAUGAUAAAAAGAAAGAAAUUUAGCUCAGACAGUGAAUCAGAAGAAAAAGAAACUGAAGAGACAAAAAAUAUUAAUGAAUUACAAAUUACAGUCUCUCUAAGAAAGUUGUCAAACAAAGAAGACCAAAUUGUAAAGGAAGAACAAUUACAAGUUACAAACUCAGUAAGAAAGUUAUCAAACAAAAGAGGCCAAAUUGUAAAGGAAGAACCAAAGGAAUUACAAGUUACAAACUCACGAAGAAAGUUAUCAAACAAAGAAGACCAAAUUGCAAAGGAAGAACCAAAGGAAUUACAAGUUACAAACUCAGUAAGAAAGUUGUCAAACAAAAGAGGCCAAAUUGUAAAGGAAGAACCAAAGGAAUUACAAGUUACAAACUCACGAAGAAAGUUAUCAAACAAAGAAGACCAAAUUGCAAAGGAAGAACCAAAGGAAUUACAAGUUACAAACUCAGUAAGAAAGUUGUCAGACAAAGGAGGCCAAAUUGCAAAGGAAGAAUCAGACUCUGCCAAAACAGAAAACAGAACAAAAAAGGGCAAGAUGAAGGAAGUUCUUGUGAAUACUUCAGAUUUGUCUAAUUCAGUGAAGAAUGAUGUGAAAGUGACAAAGAAAGAACCUUCUGAUACUGAAGUAACUGAAACUACAAGUAAAAGAAAUGAAGAAAAUAAUAAACAGCUGCUAGAUCCUCAUUUGUGGAAUGAAGAAGAAGAAAAUGAAGAUCGAGAGUCUUCAAUAGAAUUCAAGAGGAAGAGAAAAGAAAAAGAAAGAAAAAAAAGGGAGCGAUUAAAAUCCAAGUCACAGGAGUUUUGUAAGAAAGAGUUUGAGAGCAAGAAAACGGAUUGCUCUGAAUAUGAAAUACAGACUCCUGACCAAAAAAAUAGCAGUGUGGAUGAAAAAGCCAGUGAAAAUAACAAAAAGUUUGAGCCACCUGUGAGGAUACAAGAAACCAAGAUGGUUUCUACAAGACCAGAUUCUCCCAAAUCAGAUAGGACAGGUCAAGCAAACAAGAGCCAAGACAGAGAGCUGAUUGAGAGACAGGAUAGUGAGAAGUGUGACAUAAAGACUCAAGACAAAUUCACUAAAAAGCAGGAAACACAAAUAAAAGAUAAAUCCAGUGAUAAAUAUCAUGCAGAAAGUGGAGAUACCACAAAACAGGAAAUAAGAGUAAGACAUAAAUCUACAAAUAAAAACUCUUUAGAAACCAAUGGAAAAUGGGAUUCUAGGCAAGAAAAAAGAACAAAAGACAAAUAUGAUGAAAAACAUAAUGUUGAAGGUAAAGAUAGCUUAAAAAAGAAUACAAAAGGUAAAUUAACAGAUAAACAUAAUACAGAAACAGAAGAUAAAAACUCCUUCAACCAAAAAAUUAGAACAAAAGACAGGUCAUUGGAUAAACAAUCAGAAACAGAAGAAAAAGACAGUCCAGAACAAGAAACAAGAGCAAAGGAGCAAGAAAGGCCAGAGAAGAUAGAUGAUAAGUUAAGUUCAAAAGAUCAGUCAAGUCCAAAAGAUGGAGAUGGUGGACUGAAGGACACUCACUGGGAGAAACUUCAGCAGAAAAUUGCAAAGAAGGAGGAAGAAAAAGAACGAAUGAAGAGAGAAAAGCUAGAAAAAAAGAAACGGGAGAAAAUUGAAAAACUGAGUAAAAAAUACACCCACCUGGAAUCUCAACUAUGUGAACUUGAUGAAACAAUUAAAAACAGCCUAAGUUUUGCUAGUAUGGAUGUUGAUUGCUGUAUGAAAGCUUUGAAUGAACUGGACAACAUUCCUUUAACACAGUUUGUAAUUAGUAGGGAGCCUGAUAUUAUCCACACCAUUAAAAAAUGUCGCAAGUUUAAGAAGAGUGACAUCAUAAGACAGAAAGCUGAGUACCUCUAUCAGAAGCUUAAGAACCAGCUUCUUGUCCCCGAAGGAGAGGCUUUUGGAACAGUUUUUGAAACAGAUGUUAAAACACCUCAAGCAACCUCUGUGAUGGAGUGUACAAAUGAUGGAAAUAAAGCUGUCACUGUGAAUGGUUCUACCAAUGGAUCAAAAUCUCCUGCUGAUCAUGCCAGUGAUUCAGAUCCUGCCAGGUCAUGUAUCUCAGCUGGAGAUAAUGAUAAAUUUUCAGAAAACACAGCUACAAGUUUAGAUGCAGAAACUCAUUCAUUAGAUUCAUCAAAAAGUAGUGAAUGUUUGGAUCACCAAUCUUAUAAGAAUAUUUCUGAGAUCUCUUCUGCAAGUGAGAAGGAAGAAAAUAAAUUCAAGUCAGAAGAUACGUGAAGAUUGUGAACUGACACUCGUCACAUCAUUACUUAAUUUUAUAGUGUCAUCUCAUAGUGAGACUGCUUGGUAAGAAAAUCCUUUUUUAUACACAAGAAUACACCCCGGAAGUUUGAGUUUCUCUUGACUUACGAGUUAAAUCAAUUACUUUUUUGGUUUAUACAUGUAGGACUCCAAGUUAGAAUUCUGACAGUUUUAAUUUUAUAAACAUAUCAUAUAUUAUUUUCGAUAAAUACAUAGAAAGUAGGAAGAAACAGUAAUGUCUAUUCUACACAUGUGCUGUCAAUAAUUUACCUAAAGAAAUGUUUUAACAUCAUCAUCCCAAUGUUUUCAUGUUGCAUUGAGUGUUUGCAUGACUAGACAAAUGUAAGGCAAGUCUUGUGCUUUGACAUCUAUCUAUGUUAUGUAUUCAUUGGAGUUAGGAAUAAACCUAAACUUUCUUUUUUCA